AUGGACAUAAGAACAGACGAGACGGACGUAAGAACAGACGAGACGGACGUAAGAACAGACGAGACGGACGUAAGAACAGACGAUGGACGUAAGAACAGACGAGACGGACGUAAGAACAGAGACGGACGUAAGAACAGACGAGACGACGUAAGAACAGACGUGAUGGACGUAAGAAUAGACGACGGACGUAAGAACAGACGAGACGGACGUAAGAAUAGACGAGACGGACGUAAGAACAGACGUGGAUGGACGUGUUAUAAGAACAGACGAGACGGACGUAAGAAUAGACGAGACGGACGUAAGAAUAGACGAGACGGACGUAAGAAUAGACGAGACGGACGUAAGAACAGACGAGACGGACGUAAGAACAGACGAGACGGACGUAAGAAUAGACGAGACGGACGUAAGAACAGACGAGACUGA